AUGUAUGAAAAAAUUGAGAAUUUUGGUCUUGAGCUUCUGGAGAAUAUUUGCAAGAUAGAAUCUCCUCUUUUGACAAAUAAUGAGAUUGUUAAUAUUCACAAGUGUCUAAAGAAAAUUGGAGAUUUAUUAAAAGGGUAUAGAAACGAAUUAAGCCUUUCCAGAAUAGAUGCAUUGGAGAUUUACAAUUUAUAUGGUAUCUCUUUGAAUAAUUUCGUUACGAAUUUUAAUUUUUGCAGAAUUCGCUCUCAAGAAAGUAGAAGAAGUAUUGCAAAAUAUUCGUACUAUAUAUUAAUCUGCAUUAUUGACAUAGUUAGUCGAGUUGGUGAGGAAAGACUGAAGAUAGAUUUAGUUAAAAGCUGUCAUAUUUGUUUGAAAUACUAUAUUCCAUCAAAGGCUUUAUCUGCAAUGUGUAGCUUAGAUAAAAAGAAAUCACUAUUACCUAUUGAAUCUCCUAUAAAUAAGUUAAACGAUAGUGAAGUUGAUAAAUAUGAGACCAUUAGCAUUAGAACACCUAUAACUGAAAGAAGAAAUACUAUACUGGAUUCACCAAUUUGCAUCCCUAGCCCAAGUCCAUUCCAUGGAAAGUCUCCAAUUAAUUGCCUUUAUGAGACCACAUAUAGUCAGAAGUAUGAUAAUGAUGUCACAAGAUAUAAUAUACCUAGUGGAAUAUUUACAGAUAGCCCGAAGUUAGUAAUUGAAAAUGUAAAUCACAAGAAUUUUGAUUUUACAGAUAUUAGUGACUCGGAAUUUUUCCCAAAAUCAUUUGCUUCACCACUACCAAUAGUAGAAAUGAAACAGAAGAUGAUACAAAAGAAGAAGAAGGCAGAAUCACUACAAAACUUUGCAAAUUUAAGAAAUACUGUCAGACCAUUGGAAGAUAAUGCCUUAUAUUUGAACACUCAAGAACAAGAACAGAUCCCUUCGUCAUGCAUAAUAAAUAAUAGUAAGACAUAUGUUGGUUUAAACAAGUAUAUGGGAUUAAAUCAUUCAUGGGAGAGUAGUAAAAGUGAUAAGUCAGAUUUGCAAAUUGAGGAUCUUGCCUCUUUUAGCCACUUAUCUAUGACCUCAUUACGGGAUAAAAACUAUAGUAAUCAUAUAUCUAAUGAUUUGUGGGAAGCUGCCGAAAUUGCUGCUGAAUUAGCUGAAAGUCUUCCUGAACCUCAGAGGACUUUAAGGAUUAGAAGGGAAGUUUACCAACAAAGUGUUGAUCGUUCAGUUGAGUUGAUGAUGAACCUUGGAGUAUGUCAUCACUUAAGGCCAACAGUACUAUCGAAGACAAUGUAUCAUACAAUUGAAUGUAUUUUGGAUCUAUAA